AUGCCCAAUACGCAUCUACUCUUUGGAUUGACUGCGGCUACUGGACUAAUAGCGUACAAGCUUUACAAGGACAGGAAAACCUACGAGCUCAGCCUGCCACCCAGUCCCAAGUCAUAUCCCAUAAUCGGACAUUUGUUAUCUACCCCAACCCAGUACGAGCAUCUUGAGUUCAUGAAAAUUGGAGAAGAACUUGGAGAAAAAAUAUUUUCUAUGACUGUGUUUGGAACUACUGUCGUGGUACUGAAUGACAAAGAUGACGCAGCAAACCUAUUUGACAAGCGCUCGACCAUAUAUUCUGACAGAACUUGCCCUCCAAUGGUCCAAGAGUCUUCAUUGUUUGGCUGGAGUGAUUUUGGUAGCCUUGUCGGCUAUAGUGACCGUUGGCGAAAGUAUAGGCGCUUGAUGAACCCAUGGUUAACCAAGCAAGCCGUGGCCAUACACCAUGAAGAUCAGGAGCACGCUACAAGAAAGCUUUUGCAAAGGCUACUGGAGCGUUGUGAAAAAGCUAUGUGUUCCGACGAAUUGGAAGACGAAUUUUUCCUAUCCAUUUCCGCAACGCUACUCCAUUCGAUAUAUGGAUACGAGGCAGCAACAUCUCACGAUCGCUUUCUGGUGGAGGCAAAGGAGAUUUCUCUUUCCUAUCAAAAGCCAUGCUCCCUUCAAAGCAACAAGAAGGGUGUGCCUCUCAUGGUUACGUCUCUGAGAGCAGAUGCUCUGAAAAUAGGCCUGACAGAAGACGAAGCCGACGAUUAUGUUGCACAGAUUGCCAUUACCAUGUUUGCCGGAGGGACAGACACUAGUGUUAACACGCUGAUCAUGUUCUUCAUGGCCAUGGUGCUGUAUCCGGAUGUCCAGAAGAGAGCACAGGCAGAGAUAGACUCGGUGUUAGGGCACUCUCGACUACCAAAGGUCGAAGAUCGGGCUCAACUUGGGUACGUGGAUAGAGUUGUUCAGGAAACACUCAGGUGGGGACCCGUUACCCCACUCGCUGUACCGCACACGUGCUUCAAAGAUGAUACAUACAAAGGUUACCGGAUACCCCAAGGAUCUGUUGUAACGGGCAACGUCUGGGCUAUGACUCGCGAUGAAACAGUGUACAAGGACGCAGAGGUUUUCGAACCAGACCGAUAUUUAGAUCCUGUUACCCCAGCUUCUCCAGUGUUUGGGUGGGGUCGUCGCCGCUGUCCGGGGGUCCACUUCGCGCAAUCAUCUCUUUUCGUUACAAUUGCUUCUAUCUUGAUGAUGUUCGAUAUUGGAGUGGCUAAAAGUGAGGAUGGGAAGGAUAUCCUCCCCAGUGGUAGAAUGAUAAACUCGAUAGUUCUUAUUCCGGAAUCCUUUAGACUCAAAUUGACGCCUCGGUCAGAGAAACAUGAAGAUUUAAUAAGAAAUUCUCUUUAA